CAAUCAUAUUUCGAGAAUCGCGUGACGCUCGGUCGCUUCUCGACGACAGCGAAGACACUUGAAGCGGCGACGGCCUUGUUUUAAAGUUCCCGGAGGAAGAGGGAAGGGGACGGAGGCCCAGGCUGAGCUCAGGGGAGUUUUAUUUACGCACUGGAAGGACUGUUAACAAUCCGAACAUAAGGUGCCAUACUGGAAUCUGAGCUUGUGACUGCACAAGAACGUCAGAAUUAAACAGAAAAUGGCGGAGCCGGACAAAUUAAACAUCGACUCCAUCAUUCAGCGUCUUUUGGAAGUCAAAGGUUCUCGCCCCGGUAAAAACGUGCAGCUGACCGAGAGCGAGAUCCGUGGCCUCUGCCUCAAGUCUCGUGAGAUUUUCCUGAGCCAGCCCAUUCUGCUGGAGCUGGAGGCCCCCCUCAAAAUCUGCGGCGAUGUCCACGGCCAGUACUACGACCUGCUGCGGCUCUUUGAGUACGGAGGCUUCCCCCCGGAGAGCAACUACCUGUUCUUGGGAGACUACGUGGACCGAGGGAAGCAGUCGCUGGAGACCAUCUGCCUGCUUCUGGCCUACAAGAUCAAGUACCCGGAGAACUUCUUCCUGCUGCGUGGCAACCACGAGUGCGCGUCCAUCAAUCGAAUCUACGGCUUCUAUGACGAGUGCAAGCGAAGGUAUAACAUUAAACUGUGGAAAACCUUCACCGACUGCUUCAACUGUUUACCGGUGGCUGCUAUUGUAGAUGAGAAGAUCUUCUGCUGUCAUGGAGGCCUCUCACCCGACCUCCAGUCCAUGGAGCAGAUCCGCCGCGUCAUGCGACCCACAGACGUGCCCGACCAGGGCCUGCUAUGCGACCUGUUGUGGGCUGACCCGGACAAAGACGUGCUGGGCUGGGGCGAAAACGACCGCGGCGUCUCCUUCACAUUUGGCGCCGAUGUGGUGGCCAAAUUUUUACACAAACACGACAUGGACCUAAUAUGCAGGGCGCAUCAGGUGGUGGAAGACGGCUACGAGUUUUUCGCCAAGAGGCAACUGGUCACUCUCUUCUCUGCUCCCAACUACUGCGGCGAGUUUGACAAUGCCGGCGCCAUGAUGAGCGUGGACGAGACACUCAUGUGCUCCUUCCAGAUUCUGAAGCCGGCAGACAAGAAGUUGUAUCCAUACGCAGGAGGUGCGGGAAUGGGAUCCGGAAGGCCUGUCACCCCGCCAAGAAAUUCCGCCAAGGCCGCUAAGGCUAAGAAAUAACACCCACUGGCUCCUCCCCCUCCCACCUCCCCGCAGGGUCCCGCCCCUCCCCAAUCAGUCCACUGCUUUUUUUUUUUUUUUAAACCUUAUUUUAUUUUUUACAUCUUACUCUAAUGAAAACAUGUCUUGUUUUUUUUUUUUUGUCACAGAAACUUUUCUUUAUUUCCUUUCACCUCGUCCUCUCUUUUUCCUGUCAUCGUAGAGGUAACUGAGCUGUUCUUUAGGCUUGCUACAUUUUUAAUGCUGUGUUUUGGUGAUGGGGCGGGGGGCACAUAGCACAUGGUGGGUGAAUCAGCCGAUUCACUAAAAACUUCCCUUUUUAAAACAUUUAAGAGCCCAGUCAUGGAUGUGAAAUACUUUUAUUUUGUACAUAUGCCAAAUCAACAUGUUCCCUUUCUUUUAGUUUGCGGAGAUUAAAUAAUAAAAAUUCGCUUUUGUUUGAACUAUGUCAUCUCGCUGCUUGAUGGAGCCACAGGGGGGCGCGUGCCAUGUUGUUAAUACCAAAUAAGACCCGAUUGAUCAGUGAUGUUACUGUAAGGGCGAGGAAGCUGGUGGAUAGUGCGCCCACCCUUUUGAAGUCAAGAACACUUCAACAUGGCGGAGGUUACCAUGACAACCUAGAAGCAUCCGCAAGCACGACUGACUCGUCUUCAUCUUGUUUUUUUGGAGGGGGUGGGAAACGAUAGCCAUACUGUAACCUACGAGCAGUCAUCAUGUAACUAAAGCAUCAACGCAACCAAUCACGUGACUGAAUUCUCAUCCAUGCUUGCCCCGCCCCCUCCUUGAACCCUCCCCCCCGUCAUGCAUGGAGUCAAUAAGGCAAACAGGGUGUCGUUGCUCCCCAUGGAACAUAUCUCUCUGCAGUAUUUCAGGGUUUCUCACUGCUCAUUUGUCCUCGUCUUCUGUAAAAACUUCCUGCACCCGCUAACGAGGGUUUCAACUCGCAUCAGUAACGAUCGGCUGUGUGACACUCUGCAUACCUGUUCCAUCCACUGAGAUCAACUCAGGAAGUCAAAACGUUUAUCAGGAACAAAACAAAAAAAAAACAACUCUUGACUUUGAAAGAACUGCUAAAAACGUAUGCUGAAUGUUUCCAAAGGUGCAGAGAGACUUUACAGUCCAAGUCGGUGUUAAAGUGAUAAACUAUUAUUCAUCAUUUAUUUUAAUGGUCCACUUCCAUCUCCAUAGCUGUACAAACAUCUGCUUCUUUGUUGUUGUUUUUUUUUUUUACUCCACAUUGACCAUUAUUAUGAAAUCCUCCAUGUUUUUACUGACAAAUUGAUCUCUAUAUAGAAUUGUAUUGGUGUAGGUUUUUUUUUUAAAUGGAUCAGGGAUGUUUUGCACCAUGUCCUGUCACUGGAUAUGUUACUUACAACACCAUCAGAUGAUUCCAAUAUUUAAAGAAAAAGUGAAACUAACAAUAAUCUUUGUAUUUUAGUUCUCAAUCUAUUGCAAUUUGUCUCCGUUGAAGCAUAGAAAUUAAAAUAUACAUAGAAUUUGUAUAA